AUGUCCAAAAUGCUUGAAGACAUCACAAAGACUUUCAGAGCAGAGCAUUUCAACCUUUUGCAACAGAAUUUUAUCAACCUGCCCCUGGAUGAUGCCUUGCUCCCGACACAGUCUCCACUCAGACUUUCAGAGCAAAGCCGGUUCAACCGGUCGGCCUCCUUCUUCUGCCCCCACUCCCCUCCUGCCUCCUCAAGCCACAGCCUGAGCAGAGAGCUUGUUAACAAUGACAACAAUAGCAGCCCUUUCUGGCCAUCCAACAUCUGGAGUCAGGCGCCUGUCUCCAAACCAAAACAGCUUUCCUUCAGGCCCGACCGCUCCAUGAGUCUGACCGAGUCCAGCAGCUGCCUGCUCUCCUCUUUCGUACAGCAGAGGAACAUGGAUCCCCUUCCCUCAGGCUCUGCUACUACUGUGGCUCCCCCGCCAGGAUUCCCUCCCUCCUCUGGCCUCCCAGCUCAGUUCCCGCCAGUGCAGUCCUCUAACCGUUACAAGACUGAGCUGUGCCGUGGCUUCCAGGAGACAGGCAGCUGCAAGUACGGCAAUAAAUGCCAGUUUGCCCACGGCGAGGCAGAGCUGCGAGGAAUGUAUCGCCACCCCAAGUACAAGACAGAGCCCUGCAGAACCUUCUACAACUUCGGCUACUGCCCUUAUGGCUCACGCUGCCAUUUCAUCCAUGAGGAGAAAAUCAGUGGAGGCCCAUUACCAUCUGCUAAAUUCCAGAAUCAGCAGCAACUGACUCCCACAGAGAUCAGUGGUCAUGAUCAACGCCACCGGCUCCGCCAAAGUGUCAGCUUUGCUGGGUUCCUGGGUUCACGCAGCUCAUCUCCUCCAUCAUUCCCUUCAGCCUUCCAUGAUCCUAACCUGGCAUUCAGCCGUGCUCCCUCUGUUUCUCCCCCUCCCGCUGAUCUACUCUCCCCAAUCUUUGCCGACUCCCUGCAGCGGGAACCAGUAGCAUUCCAGUUUGGCAGCCAUCAGACCCGUGCCAGCGUCGGAGACAUCGACAACCUUCCCCUCAUCCUGGAGCCAAAGGCCUCAUGCUGUGUGUGUGGCCAUGGAAAUAACUUUAGCAGCAAUAACAAAGGAGUCUUCAACAGCCUGGAGGAGGAUGGGUACCACCAAGACAGCAGUUUGCUCCUCCCUGGUCCCGGAGGCCAUGGGGCAUUCACGAAGCCUGCUGGACUCCAGCGUUUCUCCUCUGAGGACUCCUUGGAGGACAGCUACAGCAGCAGCAGCAGCGGAGGUUCCAGUGGAACCGAGUCCCCUACAUUUGAUGGAUCAGCCACCAAGAGGCUCACUGUCUUUGAACGCCUGUCCCUGUCUGACUAAGUGGAAGGGAAAAGAGACAGAAGAGAACUGACAACUUCAUAAGUGUGUCUGUCUGUCCAGGCUUUUGUCAGAACCAGAACUGGUGGGCACAAGUCAAAUGUAAAUGACACAGUAACACUUAAAGAUCUUAAUUUAUGUUUGUAAAAAUGGAACUCAUCUCGGACAAACUACACACACUGAGAUGAAUUUAGUACCCUAAUAUCAGACUCUAUUUUUAUACUUUAAAUGAACAUGUAGCUUAUUAGACCUUUAUAUGUGGUCUUCCAUAACUCACCAGGUUUUGACAGUACCUAAAGUAAAUAGUCUGGUUCAAUUUCUGUAAAUCAUUAGUAAUAAUCAUGAAUUCAUGUGCCUUAAUGAUUCUCCCUGCCUCCGAGGCUAGUCAUGCUCAGUGCCACAAACAGUAUGUUUGAUUCAGUAGCCAUAAUCAGUGAAAUCUGACAUAUGUCAUUGAUGCCAUUUUAUUUGUGAUAUGCACUUUACAGCUGAUUCGAAUGGGAGGAACUGUCAGAUCUCCCAGUAGCAUCCUACCAAAGCUUCAGAUGUCAUUCUGCUAUGUAUGUGCAUGUGUGUGUGCGCGCGUGUGUGUGUGUGUGUGUGUGUGUGUCUGACUAUAUGCAUGCAUGGGUGUAUGUUUGUAACCCUGUAAAUUUUCUGAGACCUGGGGUGCAAGCAUUUAUAUGUUGCAGAAUGUUUAGAGAUCAAAUUGUGCUAAUAGAAAGGUGUAUGACAGAGAACAGAUGUGAACAGAUGUGUCCUGACAAGCUGAGGUUUGAUUCUGUAAAACAUUCUGUAUGCUAACAUGUAAACUGUAGCCCAUCUUUUUGGUCUUCUGUUUGUUUGACAACCUGGUUCAGGGACUUUAACAGCGCAGUAUUCCUUUUGGUUAGUGGUUGUCUUUUGUUGUUUAACUUAAACUGAUAUAUUUAUUGUGAUAUUUAUUUGUGCGUUAACACGAAAAAAACUAUUUUGUACUUUAUUUAUAGAGAAAUAUUACAAGGUCUGUGAAAACCCAAUGUGAGCAAAAAGCAGCAAAAAUAAAAUCUUAUAUUUUUAAUUGCCUCAAAGGGACAAACUAAAAUUCUGAAUAAAGAAAUGAAUGUAUGCUGUU